ACACAAACAGUGAGGACAGGCAGUGAAGAUGGAGGUGCACAUGCCAGUAUUUUCACCUGUGUUUGAUCCAAAAUAACAAACCUGCCAUAUAUUGAACAGUUUGUAGGAUUGUAAGGAACAAUGUUGAGAUUCAGCGUGUAUUUGUGGAUGCUGUGGUUGCUUUGUGCAGACACCGUCUCCAGUGAGGUUAACAGUGGAUGUGAACAGCAGCCAUGCCAAAACGGUGGUGUAUGUGAGAGCCACAAUGGAGGAUUCAGAUGCCUUUGCUCCUCUCAGAGCCAAAGCGGGCAGCUGUAUGGUGGACAGAAUUGCACAGUUGCACUUACAGGCUGUAAUGAGAACCAGUGUGAGAAUGGAGGAGUGUGUUCUCCCUUAUUUGUGAACGAUCACCACAGUUACACAUGCAUCUGCCCUGCUGGCUUCACGGGCCCUAAAUGCCAGACUCCCACUGUUUUCUCAUUUGAGUCCAGAGGCUAUAUGUACAUAGAGACGCUGCUGCUAGACCAAGAAGCUCCUCUUAACGUCACCUUCAGCUUCAGGACGGAUCAACCGGUUGGCACCCUCUUACAACGCAGGGUGGACGAUCUGCUCUUCAGCAUCGAGCUGAUGCAUGGGCAUCUCUGCCUCCUCAGCCUGAGAGGCCAAGGCUCCAGCACGUUGGUUCAAGAGCUGCCAGGGUAUUUGUCCGACAGCAAGUGGCACACAGUGGAAGCAUCCCUGGGUGGCGUGGUCAGUCUCAUCAGGUUGCUAUGCACUGAAGGAAGCUGCACCAGAGAGUCCAAUGCUGAAGUCCAGCUGCUUGAACAGGCCUCCUCUCUCCCUGAGCCAGGAGCAGUUCGUCACAGCCUCUUCAUUGGAGCAACCAGUGGGAACUGGACGCUGGGCAGGGCAGUGGAUGAAGCAGACUACCCUCCUGCUUUUCUGGGCUGCUUCAGAGAUGUGUUUGUGGACUCACGGCUGUUAUUGCCGGUUAUAGCGCCAGAAGGUUCACGCAUCCAGGCGAACAUCACUGUGGGGUGCAGCGACAAAGACAAGUGUGACGACAGCCCGUGUCAGAACCGAGGCCGCUGUGUUAGCCAAGGCUGGAGGGGCUACCUUUGUGAGUGCCACAGGCCAUAUGAGGGAAACAACUGUGCAGAGGAGUACAUCACAGCCAGGUUUGGAAACAAAGACCUUGAGAGCUAUGCUGUGUUCUCAUUAGAUGAUGACCCAGGUGAUACUGUGAUCAUAUCCAUGUUCAUCCGCACCAGACAGUCCAGUGGUCUCCUCCUUAUCAUGACUAACAGCACAAGUCAGUACCUCCGCCUGUGGCUGGAAGCGGGUAUGAUCAAAGUUCAGGUCAACAACUUUGAGACCCUGGUCGGUCGGGCUGUGAUCAAUGAUGGCCAUUUCCACCUGGUGACUCUGAAACUGGAAGGAGUGGUAGCCACCUUGUUCCAGUCAGCCCAAAGCCAGGGUUCCAUGCCCAUCAGGCUCAUCCAGGUCCAUCCUGGGGAUAUGGUUUAUGUCGGGGGGCUACCAGACUCAAGGGCCUCGGCUUCUUUUGGCGGGUACUUCAAGGGAUGCAUCCAGGAUCUGAGGAUUAACAACAAAAGACUGCAGUUUUAUCAGAUAUCAACUCCGGUAGAAUCGUACAACCUGGAACAACUCAUCAGCGUUGCAGAAGGAUGCAGCAGCGAUAACGCAUGUGCUGUGAACCCCUGUCUUAACGGGGGAGUGUGUUACUCCAUGUGGGAUGAUUUCAUUUGCAACUGCCCCCCCAACACUGCAGGGCGGCGCUGUGAGGAGGUGAAAUGGUGCGAGCUGUCUCCCUGCCCAGCUGCUGCAACGUGUCAGCCCCUCUCUCAGGGUUUUGAAUGCUUGUCUAAUGUAACGUUUCGGCUUGGAAGCAGCAUUCCACAGUAUCGGAGCAAUGGAAAGAUUAAGCGCAGCCUGACCAGUGUCUCCCUCAGUUUCCGCUCAAGACGGCUUGCUGCCACAUUACUGCAUGCACACAAGGACUCAAACUACCUGACGGUCUCUCUACUGAACUCUCAUGUGGUCAUGGAUCUCCAGGUUGGGGGUGACAAGGACAACGUGUCUAUUCAAAGCCAGACUCAGUUCAGUGAUGGAAAGUGGCACACUGUGAAGCUCAGCUUGGAAACCCAGGCUUCGACCUCUAGUUGGAUCAUGAUCGUGGAUGGAGGAAAGGAGGCCAUAAGCGUGUCCAAAACAGCUGUGGGUGACCUGGAGUUUCUCAGCAAGGAAGUGGACAUCUUCCUGGGUGGUCUAAGCCUGGACGCUGGGGUGGAUCUGUCUGGCUGUCUGGGUCCUGUCGAGAUUGGGGGGCUUCUUCUCCCUUUCCACCCCGAUACAGAGCUGAACCUGCCCAGACCUCAGGAGGAGCAGUUUUUGAGGAUAAACAGCAAUGCUCCUCUGCUGUAUGGCUGCUGGGGAGCCAGUGUUUGCACACCUAACCCUUGCAGGAACGAGGGUGUGUGUGAGGACCUGUUUGACCUGCAUCAGUGCACGUGUUCAUCCGAGUGGACGGGCCACCUGUGUCAAGACUCGACAGACCCUUGCAUCUCCGGGCCCUGUCUCUACGGCAACUGUGUCAGCCUGCCUGGAGGCUAUAAGUGUGUGUGUGAGCAGGGGUACAGUGGCGAGCAAUGUGAGGUAGAAGUCGAUAUGUGUGAAAAAAGCAAUUGCAGCCACGGCGCCACGUGCCUCAAAGGCUUCCAGACGUAUUCCUGUCUAUGCCCUCAAAAUAUGACCGGCCAGUACUGCGACGAGAAACUCCCUGAAAUCCCAUGGUACAUCGAGACCAAUCCACUUCCCCAGUUGCCUGUGUCUACAUGCACGGGUACGAGGUGGAACUACAGCUGCUUUAAUGGAGGAAACUGUGCCGAGGCUGAAGACGCUUGUUACUGCCUGCCUGGCUUCACGGGACAAUGGUGUGAGAAGGACGUAGAUGAAUGUGCCUCUGACCCGUGUAUGAACGGAGGUUUCUGUGUCAACUACGUGAACAGUUUUGAGUGCGUGUGCGACAUGAAUUACUCGGGGAUACACUGCCAAAUAGACGUCAGCGACUUCUACUUGUACCUCUUCCUGGGCCUGUGGCAGAACCUCUUCCAGCUCGUGUCCUACCUCGUGAUUCGUCUCGACGAUGAGCCAGAAAUUGAGUGGGGGUUCCAGAUCAACGAUUAGACCCUCUUUAUGAUGAAUAUAAUCAGACCUAGCUCGAUGUGGAGGGUCAGUUUUAUCUCUUCCUGUGGGAACAUACAUGUCCACGGACAUUAUGAGCAAAUAUAUCUACUUACAUAGUCUCAUUGGUAAGGGGAAACUGCUCUCCUUUGUGGCCUCUUGUGAUUUAGGUUGAUAAACCAGGUGUAAAUACAUUAAUCUACAUAAUACUUGCAGUAUUUAAGUGAUCCGUGUUGCAGAUACACAGCUGUUGGUUUCAGUGUGCACUCGUAAACAUGAGACUUUUAAAUGUUUAAAUUUUUUAUGAAGACAAUAUUUGUUUGUUUUUUUAAAUCUCAGCUUUACAAAGAGCUGCUAAUGAGGAACAGUGGCUGUUAAUAUACGUUAUGUAUUCUUCAUGUAGUGCACUGACAGGGUCAGCAAUAGAGAUGUGUCUGUUGUGAACAGAUUUAUUUGGUUAUGUGAUAUUGAACAAUACGUACUCCAUCAUGUUUUCUGACUGUAUGACUCUGGUUCUCAUACUGAAAACCACACUUUAGAGAGCUCUUUGUGUGCCUUAAAUCUGUGCGACAGCUUUUCUCUCAGUGGGGUUUUCCAACUGUUCGGGGACUUCCUCACAUAGUUAUAAUCAAGUGGAUAAAACUGAAAUUACAAUAUUUAUAACUAAGAUGUAUUUAAAAAUAUUUAUGUAACGUAAUAUAAAAGAAGUUGUCCUGCAUGCAGUGCAUACAGUAUCUGAUCUUGAAAGGGAACCCAUUAUGCUUUUCCUUCAUUUCUCAAACAUAGCAUCUACAAUUGUGGAUGUUCAUGUUAAACAUGGAUAGAGACUGAACUGUUGAGGUCAGCAAAUGCAAACGUGAGUUAAACACUCACUCUUAUGCAUUUUUUUUCUACUUUUGGCGCCGUGUGAUGUGAUAUACCUAAUAUGGCCAUCAGGCACAAAAGCUGUUAACAGGGGACUGAACUGAGGGGCUGCAAAAGGCCCAAGAUAUGAUUAAAAAAGGAUCAUACUGAAAUAUGAAUCACGCAAACCUACUCUGAGAGUCCAAGGAUAAAAAUAUGUAGAUGGAAAUGAGCAUUAAAGGUCCCUUUUAGGAGAAACAAAUAUGAAAUAAAUGUGAAAUGUUUGGAAAA